AUGUCUGCUGGCGGAAACUCAACCGAAUCCUCCGUCGUGGCGGAGGAGGACAAGAUGUUCUUCUGCUACCAGUGCAAUCAAACCAUCACAAUCUCGAUUUCCUCUUCCACCGAUCCUUUCUGUCCCCUUUGCAGCGAAGGGUUCCUCGAAGAAUACAUGGAACCCAACCCUAAUCCAAUCCCCAAUCUGGUCUUUCCGAUUUCGGAUCCAAUCACAUCUCGCUUCCCCUUUAUCCCAGUCAUGGACUUGACGAAUCUGAGUCAAUCGACGGAGGCACAGUCUACUCAGCAGCCGCCUGAUGCUUUCGAUCCAGUUAGGUUUAUCCAUAGCCAUCUCCAGCAAAUGCAAUCCAGCGGUAUCAACGUCCAGCUUUUGUUCGAGAACUAUCUCUCGGAUCCGUUAGCAGGCAAUCACGGGGAUUACUUCUUCGGCCGUGGCCUCGAGGAUCUGAUUCAACAACUAGCUGAAGACGAUCCGAAUCGGUACGGAACUCCUCCGGCUUCGAAAUCCGCCACCGAUGCGCUCCCGACUGUGAAGGUGACGAAGGACAUGCUGCAAUCGGAAACGAAUCAGUGCGCAGUUUGUAUGGAUGAGUUUGAAGAUGGUAUCGAGGCUAAGCAGAUGCCUUGCAAACACGUGUACCAUCAUGAUUGCUUGCUUCCGUGGCUGCAGCUUCACAACUCGUGCCCGGUUUGUCGACAUGAGCUGCCCACGGACGAUGCUGAGUACGAGAACAGGGCUCGCGGAGACGGGCAGGGAUCAGGCGAGAGUCAACAGACGCCGAGGAGGUUUAGUAUAUCAUUUCCAUGGUCGUUGAGAAGACAGGAUGCGAAUUCGGAUUCUGGGGGUGGAUCUGAUAUGGAUACUAGGCAAGACGAAUUGGAUUGA